AUGCAAGCAACAACCGUAUUCAAAGUGGCGAAGACACUCUCUUGUCAUUGCUGGAACAAGGAUCGGACACAAGUCGCUCUUGCGACUCGAAAUGAUAAUACGAUACAAAUCUACACGAAUUGCACGUCUUCCAAGUUCGAAGAUUGGAAAUUAAUUCACACAUUAACGGGGCACGACUUGCCGAUUACUGCUUUGGACUGGGAUCCGAAUUAUAACCGCAUUUUAUCUUGCUCCGAAGAUUGCAAUGCGUAUGUGUGGAACUUGGAGGACGGAAAGUGGAUGCCUACUCUGGUAUUGUUGAAAAUCAAGCGAGCGGCUCUCUGCUGCAAGUGGUCACCGGAUGGGAAAGCGUUUGCUGUCGGUUCCAGCGAGCGCAAGUUGCGCAUCUGCACUUUCAACACUUACGAGAAUUUGUGGGUGAAUCCAAGCGGACUGCACGCGAAGCUAGAGAAAGAAACGGAGGAAUCGGGAACGGAAACGCCCACCAUAUCGAAUAAAGCGAAGGGCAGCAUCUUCUGCGUUUGUUGGGAUCGCACAGGCCAGCUGUUAUGCCGUGGCUCGUUGGACGGUUCGAUGAGCAUUGUGAGCACGUACUACGAUCCCACACAGCCGAUUCAAGACUGUCCGUUCGAUAUCACUUCGAAGGAUCUGUUUGGAUAUGUUUUCGGAGACAAGUGCGACGUCGUGGAGGCGAUUGCGGUGAAUCUAUCCAACACAGCGAUCGCUUACGCAGAUCGAAGCAGCAACGUGUAUGUUCUGGAAUUCACAGGCCACAUGAUGAGCAAGCGAACGAUUUCCUGCCCAUGCCUGCCAUUCACAAGUCUUCUGUUCGUUCGGGACGAUGUAAUGGUGGCCGGAGGAUUCGAUUCCGAUCUCCACGUGCUCGCAAAGCAAGCAGGCGAAUGGAAGUAUGUGGGUGUCGCGGAUUUGAGCGCUUCGGACGCGAGCGGAUCGUCGCGCAUGUCGAGCUCGUUCCAAGAGCGAAUUCGAAUGCUCCAAUCGAACACGAAUCGCGGUUCGUUGCGGAACUCCACGAGCAUGGAUCAGGGAAGCACAAGUUCAGGUCCGCAUCGCAAUAUGAUUUUGGAAAUCCGGGAGAAGUCGCGAGAAUCGAAUCAGCAGAAAGUGAAGGAGAUUUCAACGUGUGGAUUGGACGGUCGAAUUGUGAUUUGGAACAUGGACUUGAUUCUAACCAAAAUGAAUGUGUGA